UUUGGGUACCAGAGACACAUUCUCAUUCUCACCAUUCGGUUCCUUUCACCAGCGCAAGCCACGAUGCUGAGGAAGGUUGCCAGACCUGUGGUGCUGCUGGCCGAAGUCCACACAGGUGUCAGCAGUGACAGCAAAACUAAUGUGUCCUCUGCCCAGGCAGUGCACCUCUGCUCUGACCUUCAGGGUCUUGCAUUUGGGGCUUCCAUGAUUUCUCAGACUUUCCAUGGAGAACAUCACCAGCAGUACCACUGGCACCUUGUGAUUUAUGAGAGUUCACCGUCCAGUCCAUAGUUCAGUUCCAAAGGACAUUUCUACAUUAGUGGCUGUGGUGGAUCAAACUGGCGGAGGGUUUUAUGGUUCCUUUUGUUCCUUCUCUGAACCUCAGUGUGAUGGUAGAGAUGUCCUCCCUCCAUUUCAACAUGUCAGGAGCUCUUAUAUAAUCCAGGAAUUGGAAUAAUAUGAAGACAACUAGAAAUUAUUUCAAAUUUGGACCAUCUGUGCUGGCUGGGCCUCACAUCCUUUCACACAAUUCCUUACUGACCAGGUGGAAGGGAACUGCAAGGCAGGGGGGACAUGUAACUACCCAGUCUCCCCAAAAAUAAGACCUACCCUGAAAAUAAGCCCUAGCAAGGUUUUUCAGGAUUUUUGGGGAUGCUCAAGAUGUAAGCCCUACUCCCAAAAUAAGCCCUAGUUACAGUUCAUUUUAAAAGUCAAUUUAAAUAGUGUCCAGGCAGAUAUACAUGUAGAAAAGUAAAAUUAGAAUGCAGUGUGACAGAUGUGACAAUGUGAUGACAUGACUAUUUUUUAAUAAAUGUUGAUUUUUUUGUUCUAGAAUAAAUGUAGAUUGUUGUUCAUGGAAAAAUAAGACAUCCUCUGAAAAUAAGCCCUAAUGCAUCUUUUGGAGCAAAAAUUAAUGUAAGACCCUAUCUUAUUUUCAGGGAAACAGGGUAGUAUCGGAAGGUAGCUGGUACCAUGUUACCUGCUCCAUGUGGUGGACCACAGUGGCAGGAUCACUGUGCAGUGUAGAAGAGUCCAAAUCCUUUGAGCUGUCUCUUGGUGUGGUUACUCACUCCAGCUGGCUCCCUUUACAUGUUGACUGGCACUUUCUGCAGCUGGCAGGUGGAAAAGCUGAUUUGUUGUUCCACAACUUCCUAUCUCCUCUAGGUUUUACCCCUGUAGAUCCAGAGGGAAAGGUAAAGCAAGCAUCUUUGGAGUAGUGGCCUUACACUGGAGCAUGACGAUACUGUCAGCCAUACCACAGUUGCUUUAAUUAUGCCUCUUUCACACUAAUGAAUAAUUAACUGCUGUGUGCAUACGCACAGACAUGCUGGUCAUAGACAUCUCUGCAGGGUCGUGCUGACCUGCAGGUGGUCAUAGGGACCUGCUUACCUCAGCACACAAUCUUUUGGCCUCGCUGCCAGUCUGUUAUCUCUUUGGCCACCAGCUGACCAAAGCUAAUGUCUCCAUGACCUGUAUUGGCAAUAGGUGAACGUUGACCGCUCCUCAGCCUUCUCGAAUCACGAGUGUGCAAACAGAUUGAGGGUAACAGCUUUCCCACAAGAAGUUACCACGAAGAAGCUAACCUGUCUUAACUGGUUUGUGUGCCUGUCAUCGGCGCUGUAUGCGAAAACACAAACCUCAGCUUCCCAAAAUUCUGCUGUGUGUCAAGGCCCCUGCUCUGAGGCAAGUGUUCAGUAAGACAGAUCAAUUUUCCUGCCCGCUGCAAGUUGAGCCAUGCUGCGGUGGCCUAUAUGUGUUAGAAGGAAGAUUUUCACUCUCCUUUUGCUGUGGAACUGGCACGUUUUUGCACAUGCAUGUAAUUUUCAGGUGAGCACAAUUAAUGGAUCAGAGAUCAUAGAAUAGUUUGGGUUGGAAGGGACCUUCAAAGCUCAUCUAGUCCAACCCCCUGCGAUAAGCAACGACAUCUUCAAUUAGAUCAGGUUGCUCAGAGCUCCAUCCAGCCUGGCCUUGAAUGUUUCCAGGGAUGGGGCAUCUACCACCUUUCUGGGCAACCUGUGCCAGUGUUUCACCACCCUCAUUGUAAAAAAUUUCUUCCUCAUGUCCAGCCUGAAUCUCCCCUCCUUUAGUUUAAAAUCAUGAGCCCUUGUCUUAACGUAACAGGGCCUGCUAAAAAGUCUGUCCUCCUCUUUCUUACAGGCCCCUUUUAAGUACUGAAAAGCCACAAUGAGGUCUCCUUGGAGCCUUUUCUUCUCCAGGAUGAACAACCCCAGCUCUCUCAGCCUGUUCUCACAGGAGAGCUGUUCCAGCCCUCUGAUCAUUUUUGUGGCCUCCUCUGGCCCCUCUCCAACAUGUCCAUGCCUUUCCUGUACUGGGGACCCCAGAGCUGGACACAGGAUUCCAGGUGGGGUCUCACCAGAGUGAAAUAGAGGGGCAGAAUCACCUCCCUUGGCCUGCUGGCUGCACUCCUUUUGAUGCAGCCCAAGAUGGUAUGGACCCUUGUCCUGUGUUUUCCCAAAAAAAGACCCCUCUGUGAUUGAUGUUUUGGAGCUUCCAGGGCCUAUCUGCUUUUGACUAUAAAACUGCAGUCUCUUGCUGGAGGUUUUUACCGUACAAAUUUUCAGCAGAAAGCUGGGGAAGUUGACAACAGGUGGCUCGCUAUUGUAUUCUCUUCUCCCUCUCAUUCCUUGCCCCCUGCAUAUUGCUGCCAUUACCCAUCAAAGCAUCAGGCUGAGUCAGAUGUAGCAAAGGAGAUGAAAAACACAGGGUGGUGCAUCAAUGCCAGCCAAAAUGACCCUUCCUUAUCUGCCUGUCCCAGGAAGCUGUGAUAGCAGCUCAGAGGGCUGUGCUUCAUGACUUCAUCCCUCCCCACCGAGGGGAGAUGGACAACAUCAUUAUUGGCUGCCAGGGAGCCCAGACUUAUGCCAGCAGUGGAAACGUCCUCAGAGCUACAACCCCUCCUAAGAUGCCUUCUUUCCAAACCAUACGUCCGGACUGGAUCCAGCAAACCUCCCAGAGCAAGACGCCGCGUUCCCUUUGCCGGGGAAGCCAUCUGCUCCCCUCCGGCUCCUUCUGCAGGGCUUGGAGCUUGCCAGCCGGGCUGGAAAGCUCACCUCCUCCUCCUCCUCCCCACAGGCCUGGUUCCCCUCGGCCAUCUUGUUAGCGCAAGGCACGGGGAAGGGAACGCGGGGCUGGCUGAAUCUGGGACGGCUGAUGGUGUCAGCUGGAGGCAGUUUCCAGGCAACUGUUGCGUCGUGGGACACAGAGCUGAGAACACCGGGAAGGAACACUGUGUUCUACCACCCAGGAGGGGACUGAACCUGACAAAAACGGAGCCAGCACGGGCUGGUGUGGAGAGGGUGGUGCAUGAAUGGCAGCAAGGGAGGGUGGUCUCCAGCAUACCCCCCCGGCCUGCAGCUCACCUUCCCCUCCCUGGCUUGGAGUGAGGAUGUCCCAGCUGGCUGCUGGUACAUCAUGCAGUGAGGAAGGACUGCCUGAUGUACAGGAUUUAACGUGCCAUUUGCAUCCUUUGGGAAAUCAAAAAGAUGGAAAACAUCACUCUGGACUCUGUGCCCAAGCGCCCCGGGCUUGUCUGAGUGCUGUGCUGGUUGCAGGUGGUCCCGUGCUACUCUGUCCCUCAACAAAUCCAAAGUUUCCUCCUCACAAGUCAGAAACAGUGUUUGCCCAGGCUGUCCAGCUCUGUAACCCUGGCUGUCACUGGAAAAGUGAAUUUCUUGAAAAAUCAUAGAAUCAUAGGAUAGUUUGGGUUCGAAGGGACCUCCUGCCCUUCCCUACUACAAGCUGCUGGUCCUCCCAGUGCUCAGUGAGUCCUGCUGCCCCUCUCUGCUGAUGUCUGAGGCAGCAGGCAGCAUCUCAGCUCCUGCUUGCCCAGCUUCCCUGCCUGCUUCAGAGGCCCUGGCAGCAUCCCUGCUCCUGGCAGCCCUUCCUUACACUGCUCCCACUGAUGCUGCUGCUCACAUCCUCUUCAUUUUGCCCAGUUCAAGUGGGUUUUCAAAUGGGGUGUGCACAAACGACCUUGGAUAUAUAGGGGGGAAUGAUAAAAUUGCUCUGGCUGAGCAGCAGCAAGAAAACUCUCCUGGAUGAUGAGUGUGUGGAUACGAUGGACGCAGGUAAUGGGUCUGUGUAGUGCUGAGCAGGGUGGGUGCUGAAGAGAGGAAAAACCACUGUAAUGCCCUGCACACCCAAAAAUGUUCUGCAGCCCCAUGCAGGUGACAGCAUGGAGGGAUGGGACAGUACAUAGGUUAUCUUUGGCCAUCGCUGUCCCUGAGCCAGCCCUGCAGCUAUUGGUUUGGAACUUGCCCUGUUCACUCUAACCUUGGGGGUGACAGCUCACCCCUUAUCAGCGCUGAUAAACCCCACCAAAUGCUCCUGCCCCAUCCCACUGCCAGCCCAGCAGCAUCACUCCACAAGGUGACAGAUCUUUCUUCCCCUGGCUUUUCCCUUGCACCAGUUGCUUUUUUGCUGCGAUGCUCUAAAUUCAGGACCCUUCGCUCCUAUUUUUCCACGGAGGAGAGAAGGGACCACAGCCGCAUCAACUUUCUUUUAGCCCCGCAAGGGUGUCAACCCCUUGCUGAGCAUCUCAAGUGAGGAAGAAUGCGGUGCCGGCUGAAAACACUUUUCCAAAGGAAAUUUAAAGACAGCCUCCUCUUCCUCCUGCUCCUGGCCCUCCUGGUGCACCUGGCGAUGGAUCUGUCUCUCCCCACAGCCCACAGACCCUGUGGCUGUGAUGCAAAAGCAGCGAAAGGCUCAGAGAUCACUUCAGGCAGUGCUGUGCUUGCUGGCUGCAAAAAGCUGAGCCUGAGAAUCCUGCAGGAUUUCAGUGGCAGCAACAGCUCCUUGGAGAAAAGCUCCCAGCUGCAGGGAGCAGGGCCACAAGCAAGGGAUGGAGAGCUGGGGGCCCAGCUCCAGCACGGAGAUGGAAGUCUGGGAAAGACCAAGGGAUCAAAGCUGGCAUCGCUCUUCAAGCAUCCUCUUUACAACAUCCCGAUCCCAGAAGUGACAGAGAAAGACAAGUUGUUUGUUGUCAACCCCAUGGAGAAAUUCAGCCUGCACAGCAGCGGGAGUGACGAAUGGGUCAGCAGCAGUAAAGCCGAGACGCUCCUCCCGACAGGGAAGACGGCCUAUGACACCUACCCUGCCUGGCUUAAAUUCCACGUCGGCAUCAACCGCUAUGAGCUGUACCCCCGCCGGGACCCCCUGAUGCCCAUCCUCCUCCGGGACUUGGCCACGCAGAGGAUCGUCAGCUCAGUCCAGAAGACCGGUGGGACCCAGCUCAAACUCAUCAUGACGUUCCCAAAUUAUGGCCAGGCCCUCUUCAAGCCCAUGAAGCAGACCCGGGACCAGGAGACCCCCGCUGACUUCUUCUACUUCUCGGACUUUGAGCGGCACAAUGCAGAGAUUGCAGCCUUCCACCUGGACAGGAUCCUGGAUUUCCGGCGAAUCCCCCCAGUUUCUGGCCGUUUGGUCAAUAUAACAAAGGAGAUUCGCGACAUCACCACAGACAAGAAACUGGCCAAGACUUUCUUCAUCUCCCCAGCUGGCAAUGUCUGCUUCUACGGGGAGUGCUCCUACUACUGCUCCACCGAACAUGCCCUCUGCGGCAAGCCGGACCAGCUGGAGGGCUCCAUGGCCACCCUGCUGCCUGACAAGACGCUGGCCAAGCGCCGCUCCUGGCGCAGCCCCUGGCGCCGCUCCUACCACAAGAGCAAGAAGGCUGAGUGGGAGCUGAACCCCAACUACUGUGCCCAGGUGCGAGAGACGCCGCCCUAUGACAGGGGCCAUCGCCUGCUUGACCUCAUCGACUUGACAGUCCUCGAUUUCCUUAUGGGCAACAUGGACCGACACCACUAUGAGACCUUUGAGAAAUUUGGGAAUGACACUUUCCUGCUCCACCUGGACAAUGGCCGCGGUUUUGGCACACACUCACGUGAUGAAAUGUCCAUCCUGGCCCCCCUCCAGCAGUGCUGCAGCAUCAAGAAGUCAACCUACCUGCGGCUGCAGCUGCUGGCCACCCAGCCCUACCGCCUGAGCGACCUGCUGCGGGAGGCGCUGGCCACUGACCCCCUGGCCCCUGUCCUGGCUGAGCCACACCUGUGGGCACUGGACCGCCGCCUGGGGAAGGUGCUGGCAGUGGUGGAACACUGCCUGGCCGGGGCAGCCCAGCCAGACGAGGUGCUGGUGAAUGACUUGAGGUCACGGGUGUGAUAGGGGGGUGGGUACCCUGCUGGAUUGGGGUGUUUUGACAUGCUGAGGGGAACCGGCAUGGAGCUCUGACUCUGUGUAGCGUCAGCUUUCAGUGGUGCUGGAGCCAGCGACGCCAUGCACCAGGAAAGAAGGCUGUAAGGAUAGCAGGGACUUGGAGAGUAUUUAAAUAAAAAGGUUGGCCUAGUGAAGGAGACGCGAGCUGAGUUCUCCCCCACUCAGGCUGUUUUCCCAGCCCUGGCCUGUCCUUGCAUGCCUGGAUGCGUCACUUCAGCCCUCCCAAAGCCUUUUAGGAAAGGGUAGGGAUUUUUCCUGCCUUUCCCCAGCAAAAGCUGCCAAACUCUAGCAGUUGGCAAGUUCCUUAUGCCCUCCCCACCCCAAGCACAGCAAUGCCCUGGUGACCCCCAAAAAGAGAGCUGAGGCUCCCUGCUGCUGCUGUGGGGAACCUGAGGCACAAGCUCCCAGACACUUGCCACUUAUCCCUGCCCCGCUUUUCCCACACCCACCCGAAAACCCUCACAGCUCUGGCAUCACCACCUCUGUUGCAGCACUGUGGGUGCAGCAAGGGGAACUGGCCCCAUUUCCCCCCCCAGGACCUCCCCAGUUUCCCUGGGAACUGCCGCUGGCUCCCUCCCUGCCCAAAAAAAUGGCUCUUGGGAGGGGACAGAUUGACCCAGGGCCGUGCACCCUAUUUAGUGCCUGGUGGCUCAGCACCCAGCUUAUCCCCUGAGCCUCCUAGGGGGGUUAAUCCGCAGUAGGUUUACGUCAGCCAGGGCAGGUGCCACAGCCACGGCCACCACCAGUGUCCCCAUGGCAGUGCAUGGGGUUGGCAUCAGCAUGGCCAGAGAUAGAGGUGCCAGCGGGGAGGAGAGAUGUCCUCUGGCUGGGCUGGUGACUCGUGGAUCGAUGGGAAGCCGCAGGAAAGGGUGAAAAAGGGCAGCUGGCACAGUGGGAGAUGGAGCUGCCCUGGAAAAGCCAGGCAGAGAUUUUGGCUGGAAUUAAAAAUGAGCUCAAAGGGAGAGAAAAAAAAAAAGAGACAAAGAGGAUCUGUCUGCAUUACACAACGGGCAUGGGGACUCUGAAUUGGGGUUUGUUGCAGUGUGGCCCCCCCAAAGCUGGCAGCACAUCCUCCUGCUGCUGCCCCAGCUUUGCACCAAACCCUGGCAUGGUGAGGAAAAGGUUUCAGGGCUGUUUUGCAACAGGUUACUCCCCUUCUGCCGGCUUCAUGUUUUUGUAACCCUUUCUAUAAAUGCAUUUUUGCUGCCGUACUCAAAGCCAGCAGGGCCUUUCCUGCCCUGUGCCCCAUGGAUGUGGCCCCACAACCAUGUCCGGACACAGGCAGCUGUUUCUCCCCUCAGACAAAUCUUUUUCCGAGGCACCGUCAGAUUUAGAAAUCAGGACGUGGGAGGGUGGCUGUUUUCUCAGCGUGGCAAGUUUGCACAAGGUCCUGGCUGCGCCGCUGCAGAGCGUUCAAGGUCCCACGGGAGCAGCCAGGUUUGGCUCGCACCCCUCUGCCGAGCCGGCCCAGCCACCGGGGUGGGGAGAGGGAUGUAAAUGGGGUGUCUGAGGCCAUGGGCCCAGGGAGCAGUAGAACCCGCCUGCCCGGUCGAGGUGGCAUGGGCACACAGGCGUGGAGCGGAGCUGCCCGCGCCACGGGGACAGAUUCGGCUGUGGCAGCUGCUGCCUGGGGGUGCUGGGUGUUUCCCACCCGGCCAGGGCUGGCAAACCGGCCACCCCAGCAAAACCGAAAUGGUGCUGGGGUGCAGCAGUGGCUGUGGCCCCUGGUGGGCACGGGUCGGGGAAGCCCACCUGGGGGCUGAGGCGUUUGGUGACCCAUGAUCAGCCAGGGGGUGGGGCUGGACCCUCCCCAUCGCCCCCUCCAAAUUAUGAUGAUAAUAAUAAAAUAAAGUAUAACAAUAAUAUUUCAA